CCACAAAGAGUGGGCAACUUUGACCAGCCUACCCUCAUGUUUCAACAACUUUUUCAAUACAAUUUUCAAACAACGCUUUUCUGACACAAAAAUUGCUGAAUCCUUUCCUUUUCCGCAGAAAUCCCAGAUCCCAUAUUUUCUUUAUUCCUGGGGUUUUCUCAUCUCUUCUGAGUUUCAGUUCGUUUGUUCGAUCCAAGAACAGGACUUUCAGUGCUGGGCAGGGAAAAUUAUGGCGCCUCCGUCGAACCUCACAAGAAUAGGACUUUCCGGUUUGGCUGUCAUGGGCCAGAAUUUGGCCCUUAACAUUGCUGAAAAAGGUUUCCCUAUUUCCGUAUAUAACAGAACUCCCUCCAAAGUCGAUGAAACCGUUGAACGAGCCAAACAGGAAGGCAAUCUUCCUCUGUUCGGCUUCCAUGACCCUGAAUCUUUUGUUAACUCAAUCCAAAAGCCUCGAGUUAUAAUCAUGCUUGUAAAGGCUGGGGCGCCUGUUGACGAGACGAUAAAGACCCUCUCUGCUUACUUGGAGAAAGGAGACUGCAUCGUUGACGGUGGUAAUGAGUGGUAUGAAAACACCGAGAGGAGGGAGAAAGCCAUGACUGAAUUGGGUCUUCUAUACCUUGGAAUGGGAGUUUCAGGUGGUGAGGAGGGGGCUCGAAAUGGGCCGUCUUUGAUGCCUGGAGGAUCCAAGGAUGCUUACAAACACAUAGAAGACAUUCUUCAUAAGGUGGCAGCUCAAGUUCCGGACAGUGGGCCCUGUGUAACUUACAUUGGCAAGGGAGGGUCUGGCAACUUUGUUAAGAUGGUUCACAAUGGGAUUGAAUAUGGUGAUAUGCAGCUGAUAGCUGAGGCUUAUGAUGUACUCAAAUCAGUUGGAAAGCUGUCGAACGACGAGCUGCAAAGUGUUUUCUCGGAAUGGAACAAGGGAGAGCUUCUCAGCUUCUUGAUUGAGAUCACUGCAGAUAUUUUCGGCAUUAAGGACGAUAAGGGGGAUGGUUAUUUGGUUGACAAGGUUUUGGACAAGACAGGAAUGAAGGGUACCGGUAAAUGGACCGUACAACAAGCUGCUGAACUAUCUGUUGCAGCUCCCACAAUUGCAGCUUCUUUGGAUUCAAGAUUUCUCAGCGGGCUAAAGGAGGAACGCGUUGAAGCUGCUAAAGUAUUUAAAUCCGGUGGUUUUGGUGAUGUCUUGACUGAACAGGAGGUGGACAAGGCAAAAUUGAUUGACGAUGUGAGGCAAGCUCUCUACGCGUCCAAGAUUUGUAGUUAUGCACAGGGGAUGAAUCUGAUCCGUGCAAAGAGUAUUGAAAAGGGAUGGGGCAUAAAGCUUGGGGACUUGGCAAAGAUUUGGAAGGGAGGUUGCAUCAUCCGCGCCAUUUUCCUCGAUAGAAUUAAGAAGGCAUAUGAUAGGAAUGCUGACCUUGCAAACCUUCUUGUGGACCCAGAGUUUGCGAAGGAAAUUAUUGAGAGGCAGUCUGCCUGGAGAAAAGUCGUGUGUCUUGCUAUCAACUCGGGCAUUAGCACCCCGGGCAUGUCCUCUAGUCUUGCUUAUUUCGAUACUUACAGAAGGGAAAGGUUGCCGGCUAACUUGGUCCAAGCUCAGCGAGAUUAUUUUGGUGCCCACACAUACGAAAGAACCGACCAUGAAGGAUCUUUCCACACCGAAUGGUUCAAGAUUGCUAAGCAGUUGAAUAACUAAGUCCCUUUGUUGGUUGGCAUUCUGCUGACACCGAAUCUUUGUUUCUCGCAAUAAUUUCUGCUGACUUGAUGCGGGCAGAUAAUCUAUCACAAAUAAAAUAUUCGGAUUUUCAUCAAUUAUUAGGAGUUUUGUAUAUUCCCAUGUGCUAGUUGUGGUUGUGCUUUGGCAGAUUUGUUUCUUAUAUCUUGUCAUUUGCCUUUUGGUUCAUUAUAUAUUGAUUCGGUUCAUAGCCCCAUUUUGUUUGGGGCGUUGCACUGUGAAACAUAACGUUUGCGGAUCAAAUUUACGUAAAGUUAUGGGGUGUUUUUUGUAA